UCGCUGCACCCCUACUAACAACAAACCAAAGAAGAAGAAACCAAACCAUCUCUCUGUGUCAGUCGAUAUCACGACACUGCACGUUUUCUGCUUAAGUUUUAAACCAACGCUUAGCAGAAAAAUGCCACCGAAGGGAAAAGGUGGUAAGGGUGGUAAAGGAGCAGCUGCCGGAAGUGUGGACGCUGACAAAAAGGAAAAAGCCCCAAAAGGAGGCACAUCUGUUAAGGUUCGGCAUGUCCUCUGUGAAAAGCAUGGAAAAUGCAUGGAGGCAAUGGAGAAAUUAAAAGCUGGAGUUCGUUUCAGCGAAGUAGCGUCGCAAUACAGCGAAGACAAAGCUAGACAAGGAGGUGAUCUGGGGUGGAUGACGCGAGGUUCUAUGGUUGGACCGUUCCAGGAGGCAGCGUUUGCUCUACCUGUCAGUUCAAUGGAUAAACCCGUCUACACAGACCCACCAGUCAAGACAAAGUUUGGAUAUCACAUCAUUAUGGUUGAGGGGAAAAAGUAGAACUGGCCAGCUGUUUGUCAUAAAUGCUACAAUUGUGCAGAACAGUUGAAAGUCUCCUCAAGAUAAACUUUUACAUUUACGAUUUUUGUUUUUUGUUUUAACUUUCUUUGUUAAGAUUUCUUCAACCCCAAUACCAUAUGAAUAUGAAAUAUAUGAAUAAAUGUCAUCCAUGUUGUGUAAAAACUAUUGAUUUGUGUGUAUAAAGUGGAGGUACAGCUAAAUAUUGUACAUCUAAAAACAA